CUCUAUUAAUCUUGACUUUAGUACAAUUCUGUUUUGACACUUCCUUAAUAAAUUCUGUGCGUUUUGGCAAAUUAUUAGCGCAACGUAUAGAAACUUUUUCAGGCUUUGUUCUUCGAAGUAUAUUUAUCAUACAAAUCAAGCGUUAUUUGUUUUGUGGAUUUGCACGAAGUGUUUCAUCAUUAACACCAUCGAUAGACACCACUAACCGUUUCAAGAAAGUUUUCAUCAUGCCAAGAGGAAAGUACGUAAACCACAAGGGACGAAAUCGUCAUUUCACUAGCCCCGAAGAAUUAGAAGCUGAACGGAAGGACGAAGAGCAGAAGAAAAAAUGGAGGGAGACACAUGCGGAGUCUUCAUCUGAGGAAGAGGCCGAGAGUGACAAAGGAAGCGAUGAUUCCGAAGAGGAAUCAGAAGACGACGACAGAAAAGGUGCAAGUGCAGUGAUUGACGUUAGAAAUCCAAAUCGGGUGCAGAAAAAAGCGUUUGUUAAGGCAGCCGACGUGGAUGAAGAUGAUAAGCCUCAGCUGACACGUCGAGAGCGGGAGCAGCUGGAAAAGCAGAAGGCACAUGCAGCCUACAUGAAGCGACACGCUGAAGGUAAAACGGCUCAGGCCAAAGCCGAUUUGGCUCGACUAGCUAUUAUUAAGCAACAUCGGGCGGAAGCAGCAGCCCGUCGUGAUGCCGAGAAGAAAGCGAAAGACGUACCCAAGGGUAGCACGUAGAAACUGUAAAAUAGCGAAACAAAGUCGCAGUUCAAGCGACUUUCGUUUAGGAUAUUUGUUCUGCCCGUAGCAGCAAAUGUUUUAUAGAUAUAACAGCAGGCAUGUAUCGAUUUUUUUUUGAGCAGGUUGUUUGAUCCUGCAGGAAGGUGCAAUGGUCCUUCAGCUUGGAAUAAAUCUCUUUACGAUUGGUUAGUUAAAAAAAAAAGAUUAGAAACGAAUUGGUCGUCUAUCUACACUGCAAAAUUGUUGCAAAUAAAGUACGAAUGCAAUCUAACGAUAAAAUUUUGAAUUAA